GAGUCCUUGACAACACUGCCUCGUUUUGGCUCUUUGCUGAGACACGUCCACGAAGUAACGUGUCUGGAGAGUGGAAUCUCUUCGGACUGUAUACACGUUGGAGGAAGGAAACGUAUCUGAGGAGUGGUGAGAGACCUUGUUUGUCUUGUUCUGUUGAGUGCAGAGCACCGCUUGCAGGCCUCAAGCGGCACCCUUUUCCUUUCUCUGUUUCUUUGCUCUCUUCAUUCUCCCGAAACCAUGGCCUCACUGGUCCUUACUAUCACCCUUUCUCUCCUCCUCCUCGCUCCUCCCACUUUCGCGUUCAACUGCUCCAAACCCCCCAUCUACGUCGACAUCCACAAACGCGCUGUCCACGAUUCCUCGGAAUUCCAAUACGGCUCUUUCAUCGGCGUCGGCACACCAGCUCAAAACCAUAGUCUGUGGCCUUCGUUAACGCAGAACCAUACGAGUUUCGCAGCGUCGGCGUAUUGUAGGAAUAGUUCGUUGAAGGGAUGUGAGGACGGGACCGGGGGAUUCUUCGUCAAAAGCGACUCGACCAGCUUCCAAGAGAACGAUAACUUCAAGUCCCUCGACAACAGCAGAUUUACAGGCUCCAGCUCCUUUGGCCAAGAUACACUCCGUCUCUACACGCACUAUUUCGAAACCGAUGGCGCGUCGCAGACGCUUGUUGAGAAUUCCACCAUUGAGAUUGCGGAGAAGGGUUCCAUCGCCCCUGGUAUCGUCGGCAUGGGUCUAUCAUCUACCCUCCUCCAGAGCCUCGUGUCGAAAGAUAUCAUCGCGGGGAGAACAUACUCGCUGUACAUCGGCCAGGGCUUCGACCGUGCCGGCGGCGCAGUAAACGGCAGCAACACCUUUGGCGGCUUCGACGCAGGCCGCUUCACCGAACCCGUCCACGCAUACAAGAUGAAAGAGUCGAACACAAGUCCCUUCACCGUCCGCGUCAAGGACAUCACCAUCACGAGCCCGGACGGCCGAAACGUCUCCCUCCUCGACAAAUCCGUUUUCCAAAACACGGACGCCGGACCCUUCGACGCGCAGUUGACGACGGACCAGUACCCACUGUCGCUCCCCUUCUCCGUCACCGAGAACUUCAAACGCCAGCUCAACGCUCGCCCGGAUCCGGAGAACCGCUUCGGGGACGAUAGUUUGCAGCUGCCCGCUCCGUUCGCGGGAUCGAUGACGAUUGUCCUGGAUGACGGGUUCAGCGUCACGCUCCCGGGGGAAGUCCUGUCGAAUGCGUCGAAUAUCUCGCCGGUGCAGAACCGCGCGAGGAACGACUCGAGGCCUUUCUACCUCAGCACGGCGUUCCUCACGCAAGUGUACCUUAUGGCUGACUUUGACUCGUAUACCUUCUUCCUCGCGCCCGCGGUGCAGAAGAACAAUAUCGUCAUGCCGACGACGUUCUGCCCGAAAUCAAUACCCCGUCCGUACGUGUGGCCCAAGCAAAGUGCGUGGGUGAGGAAUGGUUUGAUCGGCGCUGUGAUUGGAGGUGUGUUUGGUGGUAUCGGGAUUGGGAUCGUUGGGUUCUGCUUUUGGGCGGCUUGGGUGAGGAGAAGAGCGGAGAGAAGGGAGGAGGAUGAGGAGAGGGCGAGGAAGAGGGCGAAGAUGGAGCAGUUUGAGGUGGAAGAAGGGGUGGGGACGACGGAGUUUGAGGGCCCGCCGAAGAGGGGUGCAAGGAGGGGUUGGAGGUUUUGGAGGAGAUGAUGGAGUUUGAGGUUCUACUUCCCUUUCUUUUUCUUCCUCUACAUUUUUAUUCCCCAGGGCGGUGUUGAUGGCAUCGUCAUUUCGCAUUGGGAUUUCUCAGCUUUUGGGUUUUGGGUUUUAGGACUGGCUCUUCUCGAUUAAACGUAAGUUGAUAUAUACCCGCGCCCUGCCUGUCCGGCGAUUUCGUUUUCAUCAAGGCUUUCCCUCUUCUGCUUUAUGCCCCCUUCAGU